AUGGAGAACGACGAUGCCAACUCUGAGGCAAACCUAGUCCCCAGUGGUUUUGGGUUGACUCCCGCACCCAACAUUGAGCCAGAGUCCAGCCUAGACUGGCCUGAUUUUGAGCACCCGGAGCUUGCAACUGUUGGCGAGACAGUUCUGUCAGGCCAACUCCGAUUUGUUGCCCGACAAAACCAAGCGGUUCUGAACAUGGUCCAAAAUCUUUACACUGUAAUCUCCAAGUCCCAGAGCCGACGAAGCAGCAUGUCUUCCACUGCAGCCAGCGACAAGACUGGUGACGAGCCUAUUGACCUCACUGUAGCCGGUGGUGAUGGACAACAAGUAAUUGAAGCCUUCAAUGCUUUGAUAUCCGAUGCCUUUCGUGCCGUUCUAUCUCGAUUCCAUGCCGAUUUUGUCGAGAUCAACAGCAAGAAGUUAUACGUCACUCGUACAUUGACAUCCGGCAAGGAUGCCCAAGCAUACCUGAACUAUGUUAUUCAAAUCAUUGAAGACAAGCAAGCUGAUCCUGCUGGGCAGGAAGAUAUGGAUCUUGUUGAACAGCAGGAUCAGAUUCUUUCGAAUCUAAAAGCGUUGACCCCUGAUCUCGUUACGGAUCUCUACAUUUAUUUCAACAAAGCCAAGAAGGAGACCGAACACCCGAAAACUAGUAAGAAAGGCAAGACAAAGGGAAAAUCGAAGGGGAAGGGGAAACAGGUUGAAGCACCUCCUGUGUCUGGUGAUGAGGAUUACGCCCACAGUAAUGACGGUGAUGAGAAUCACCACCACAACAACGAGGGUGAGGCUAGCAGUGGACGGUCCAAGUCCAAGUCUACCAGUGGUUUAACGACCUCCCGCCAGGCUUCAAACACUAGCCAAGGCAGUGACAACCGUCGCACAACUCGUCUUACCUCCCGUCAGAUCUCUGGAAGCAGUGCGAUUACCGCCGAGGCGUCUCAGCACUCACAGGCAUCCGCAACCACCACUGAGCGCCGCCGCUCCAAGCAGAGAACCCGAUUUAUUAUCUCAGAUGACGAGGAUGAUGAUGAAAACUAA